AUAUAUUUAAAGGAUCAUAAGAGACCAAUCCAGAACAUAAGGGACUUCUUUUGUCAAAUUCUAAAGAAAAGCACAAAUUCCCUUUUCAGAUUCCCAAAACCACUUCGGAAAUCCCUAACCCCGACCAGCAUUUCGACUGCCGCUGCGAUUGCUAUAUUCCGGCGAACGAACUUCUCAAUUCCUUUCUUCAACUACGGCGGAGACUGCUGUUCCGCCACUUUUUGGGAUUCUUCUUGAUAUAUUCCACUCUGUUCGGGGUUAGAAUUCUGAAUUCUCCUAAAUUAUCACAUAGUAUUGGAUCAACAAACUUCAGAAACAGCUGAAGGAUUUUGAAGCAUCAGGAAAGAAUUGUCCAGGAUUGACCAUUCUAACAAUCGUCCAUAUUGUCUAUAUGGGUGGUCAACUCUUAUAAACGCAUGAGGAAGCCCUCAAGCAAGAAUUUUUUGAGCGUAGCAAUUCCUUUCGGUUCGCUUUAGGGAAACUUGUUGGUCACGGAUUAGUUUGUUCUGCGCCCCAACGGCCACAACUCAAAGGCGCAGGUUGAUCUCUCUAGUUGAUGUGUAUCAAUGGAAUUGAAUGCUAAUGAGACUACAGCAAGGACAAUAAACCCCAGGAAGACGGAUGUUGGGGGUAAACCCUUCAUACUCAUCAUCUGUGGCAGCCUCGUUUACUACCACUGCGCCUAUCGGAAUUCCAGUCUUGUCUCUCUUGUCUCAGACGUCUUUAUUGUACUCCUUUGUUCCCUCGCCAUUCUCGGCCUCCUCUUUCGCCAGAUGAACAUCUCAGUUCCUGUGGAUCCGCUUGAGUGGCAGAUCUCUCAGGAUGUUGCCAACAGCGUCUUUGCCUGCCUUGCCAACACUAUCGGUGCUGCUGAGUCUGUUCUCCGGGUUGCUGCUACAGGCCAUGACAAACGCUUGUUCUUUAAGGUUGUGGUUACUCUUUAUGUGUUAUCAGCUCUGGGAAGGAUAGCGUCGGGUGUUACUAUUGCAUAUGCUGGACUCUGCUUUCUUUGCCUUUAUAUGCUUGCUGAGAACUUACAACUGAUUAGCUUGAGACAUCCUAGGAGAAGGGAUUGCACGAACACAGUUCAGGACGACUAAAUUUGAUUUUAUCUAUCAAAAAGAACGAAGGAGGUGAUGCUUUGUUUGCAAUUCCUUGCGUUCAAUUUUGCCAGGUCUGUCGCGUGUUUUGGCUAAAUUAAUGUGAAUAUUCUCUUUCGACACGACUGCCUUACGAUUUCCUUACUUGUCCCUAUAAUAUAUUCCCACUUCAAUGAUAUGACUAUUUCCCCAGUUAAAAAGGAUACAUGAUAUAAGUUGUUAGCUCGUUGUUAAUAAUGCUAGCCAGUUUGCAAACACUUGUGAUGUGUGUUGAAAGCUAAGUACUUUAUUAUAAUAUCUACAAGAUUGGGAUUUGCAA